GAUGCUGAGUCCACGGUCCUCAGCGCGCAGCUCAGCGAGGGAGCUCUCAUCACACAUUGCAUACAAAAUCCAAAUACCGCAUCACCACGCUUUAGCACCUCUUUGAUUUACACGCUCAAGAAGAAGCAUAAAAAACAAACAAAUACCUUUGCCUUUUUUGAUACAUUGGUCGGGACAGUCAUCUCAAAACGAUGUCUCCAUCUCUAUUUUUUUUCCUCUGCGGAACCUCCAUCUAACCAGGCAACAACUGCACUAUUUUAGGAUCCAUCAUCUCCAUCCGUAGUAAACACGCUGCUGAACACCUGGGCGAUAAAGGACGACACGAUAACAGCUACUGGGUGAACCCAGCCGCUCUUGUGUUUCUCCAGGAUAUUCCCUUUUCCCCACAAACCACGGCAAUGUCCUUGGAGCAUGGCCUGGCUUCCUCACCAAUCCCAUCAUCCCGUAUCCUUUGAAUCCUAACGCAUCAGCGCUGCAGAUCUACACAAUAUCCCGCUCGGUUUUGCGCCCCCUCUUUGCUCUCGUUCUCUGUGUCCUGAUGGAUUGGAAGCGGCCCGAUCCCUCGUUCUGUUGACCCUCGGGGUGAGGGGAGAGGACAGGAUUUCUCCAAAUACACUAGAAGUGUCCUGCCGUUGUUGUCCCGAUUUCCUCUGAUGGAGAGUUAGAAGAACUCUGGGGAGGGAGAGGAGUGGAGGAGCAAACUCAAAACCAAAAAACUCAAGCCAAGAAUCAUCACUAUUACUGACCUUGUGUUGCUGAAACCUCCUGGACGAGAAGAAGUCAUUUAGAUCAAACUUCGUGGACCCAACACCCUAAGAUUCAAGAUGUCCACCACAGCAACCAUGGGUGAGAUGGCGAAUAGCGCAGUGGAGUUUUACCCCAAGCGGGGUGGAGGAGGUGCAGAAGCCAACCAUGCUGGAGACUUUGGGGUGACGUUGGAGGAGCUCCGGUCCCUGAUGGAGCUGAGAGGAGCCGAGGCCUUGCAGAAAAUUCAGGACAGCUUUGGAGAUGUAGAAAGCCUAUGCCAGAGACUUAAGUCUUCCACCAGUGAUGGUUUGUCUGAUAACCCGACAGAUCUGGAGAAGCGCAGGCAGGCAUUUGGACAAAACUUCAUACCCCCCAAAAAACCCAAGACCUUCCUUCAGCUGGUGUGGGAGGCAUUACAAGACGUCACCCUCAUCAUCCUGGAGAUUGCAGCCAUCAUCUCCCUCGGCCUGUCCUUCUAUCAGCCACCCGGACACGAGAGUGAGGGUUGUGGAAAUGGGUCAGGAGGAACUGAAGAUGAGGGGGAGGCAGAGGCAGGAUGGAUCGAAGGUGCAGCCAUCCUACUCUCCGUCAUUUGCGUGGUGCUGGUGACGGCUUUCAACGACUGGAGUAAAGAGAAACAGUUCCGGGGACUGCAGAGCCGCAUCGAGCUGGAGCAGCGAUUCGCUGUGGUGCGCAAUGGAAACGUCAUCCAGAUCCCCGUCGCCGAGAUGGUGGUUGGGGACAUGGCCCAGGUCAAAUACGGUGACCUCCUACCUGCUGAUGGGGUCCUGAUUCAGGGAAAUGACCUGAAAAUCGACGAGAGCUCUUUAACUGGUGAAUCAGACCAUGUGCGGAAGUCAGUCGAAAAGGACCCCAUGCUUCUCUCUGGUACCCAUGUGAUGGAGGGAUCAGGCAGGAUGCUGGUGACCGCAGUUGGAGUCAACUCUCAGACUGGCAUCAUAUUCACUCUACUGGGAGCUGGGGAAGGGGAGGAGGAGAAGAAAGAAAAGAAAGAGGACAGUAGUUACUCACUAACAACUAUGGCCAAACCAAGUGGCAUCACCAAUGGCAAGCAGCCAGAGGCAGCUGUGGAGACCAAUCAAAAUAAAGCCAAAAAGCAGGAUGGAGCCGUUGCCAUGGAGAUGCAGCCUCUGAAGAGUGCAGAGGGCGGAGAAGUGGAGGAGAAAGAGAAGAAAAAAGCCAACGUGCCCAAGAAGGAGAAGUCUGUACUGCAGGGCAAACUCACCAAACUUGCUGUACAGAUUGGCAAAGCAGGUCUUGUAAUGUCAGCCAUUACAGUUAUCAUUCUGGUGCUGUACUUUGUGAUCGAGACAUUUGUGGUGGAGGGGCGGAGCUGGUUGCCUGAGUGCACGCCCAUCUACGUGCAGUAUUUUGUCAAAUUCUUUAUCAUCGGUGUGACUGUGCUGGUGGUAGCUGUGCCUGAGGGUCUUCCCCUUGCUGUUACCAUCUCCCUGGCUUAUUCAGUUAAGAAAAUGAUGAAGGACAAUAACCUAGUGCGUCACUUGGAUGCCUGUGAGACAAUGGGCAAUGCCACUGCCAUCUGCUCCGACAAGACCGGCACCCUCACCACCAACCGCAUGACUGUAGUACAGUCCUACAUCAAUGACCAGCACUUCCGUGAGAUACCGGACCCCAGCCAGAUCCACCAUAACACCCUGGAGAUGAUUGUCAAUGCCAUAUCUAUCAACUGCGCCUAUACCUCCAAGAUCAUGCCACCAGAUGUGGAAGGUGGUCUGCCCAAGCAGGUUGGUAAUAAGACAGAGUGUGGUCUGCUGGGCUUUCUGCUGGACUUGAAGAGAGACUACGCCCCUGUGAGAGAGCAGAUCCCAGAGGAGAAGCUUUACAAAGUCUACACUUUCAACUCUGUACGCAAGUCCAUGAGCACUGUGGUGCAGAUGCCGGAUGGAAGUUUCCGGCUCUACAGCAAAGGAGCUUCUGAGAUCCUUCUGAAAAAGUGUUCCUCGAUACUUGGUGCCAAUGGUGAAACACGAAACUUCAAGCCACGAGACAGAGAUGAGAUGGUGAAGAAAGUGAUCGAGCCCAUGGCGUGUGAAGGCCUGCGAACCAUCUGCAUCGCUUAUCGUGAUCUUCCCUGCAACCCCGAGCCUGACUGGGAUAAUGAAGCUGAAAUUGUCACCGAUCUGACCUGCAUCGCUGUCGUCGGGAUUGAGGAUCCCGUUCGACCAGAGGUCCCUGAAGCCAUUUGCAAGUGUCAGAGGGCAGGCAUCACUGUGCGCAUGGUCACCGGCGACAACAUCAACACAGCACGAGCUAUUGCUGCCAAGUGUGGCAUCAUUCAGCCCGGGGAUGACUUUCUGUGCCUGGAGGGUAAAGACUUCAACCGAAGAAUCAGGAAUGAGAAAGGAGAGAUUGAGCAGGAGAGGAUUGAUAAGAUCUGGCCCAAGCUCAGAGUCCUUGCACGUUCUUCCCCCACGGACAAACACACUCUCGUAAAAGGCAUCAUUGACAGCACUGUGCUGGAGCAGAGACAGGUGGUGGCCGUAACUGGUGAUGGGACCAAUGACGGGCCGGCUCUCAAGAAGGCAGAUGUGGGCUUUGCGAUGGGUAUAGCAGGCACUGAUGUAGCUAAAGAAGCCUCGGACAUCAUCCUGACCGAUGAUAACUUCUCCAGCAUUGUGAAGGCUGUCAUGUGGGGGAGAAAUGUGUAUGACAGCAUCUCCAAGUUCCUGCAGUUUCAGCUUACUGUCAAUAUAGUGGCCGUCACGGUAGCUUUCACCGGGGCCUGCAUUACACAGGACUCUCCACUAAAAGCAGUACAGAUGUUGUGGGUUAAUCUGAUCAUGGACACAUUUGCCUCUUUGGCUCUUGCCACUGAGCCACCAACCGAAGCUCUGCUGCUUAGGAAACCCUACGGCCGCAACAACCCCCUCAUCUCGCUCACAAUGAUGAAGAACAUCCUGGGUCAUGGAGUCUAUCAGCUCAUCAUCAUCUUCACCCUGCUGUUUGUUGGAGAGAAAAUCUUCAACAUCGACAGUGGCCGUAACGCCCCCUUACACUCCCCCCCGUCUGAACAUUACACCAUCAUCUUCAACACCUUUGUCCUGAUGCAGCUCUUCAACGAGAUCAAUGCUCGCAAAAUUCACGGUGAAAGGAACGUGUUCGACGGCAUCUUUGGGAACCCUAUCUUCUGCAGCAUUGUUCUGGGAACAUUUGGAGUGCAGAUUGUGAUUGUGCAGUUUGGGGGCAAGCCCUUCAGCUGUGCCCCUCUCAAUGUGGAGCAAUGGCUGUGGUGCCUCUUUGUGGGAGUUGGAGAAUUGCUGUGGGGUCAGGUGAUAGCCACAGUGCCCACUAGUCACCUGAAGUGUCUGAAGGAGGCCGGCCAUGGGCCAGGGACAGACGAGAUGACGGAGGACGAGCUGGCCGACGAUGAGGAGGAGAUAGACCACGCUGAGAGAGAGCUACGCAGGGGGCAGAUCCUCUGGUUUAGAGGCCUUAACCGUAUCCAGACUCAGAUGGAGGUAGUGAGUACGUUCAAGAGAAGUGGUUCGUUUCAGGGUGCAGUGAGACGUCGAUCCUCAGUGCUCAGCCAGCUCCAUGACGUAACCAAUAUUUCUACCCCCACUCAUGUAGUUCUCUCCACUGCCAAUGCAAGCGCCGCUCCCGGGAGUGAGUUCCCUGCUUUCCCUACCUGUGUCAGACACGACACUCAGAAACACUCACAAAAUAUCAAAACUCUUACAAACACACUCACACACGCACCAAGCAUUUCUCCUCACACACAGCAGCACAUGAAACACCUCAUCGUGUGUGCCGUGGUACUUCUGUUCUGUAUUUGAAACCUUCUGUGUAGUCGUCUCUCUGUGAUUGAGUGGCUCUUUGCAAGAUGGCCUGUCUGGCUUUGACUGAUCCUCUAUGGGCCGCUGUUUGUGUCUCCUCCCCAAGUCCCUCAUCUCCUUCUCUCGAUUUCUGUGUGCUGUCUUGCUGUGUCGGGCCUUUUCUCUUGCUGUUGGGUUCUUCUUUGUUGUCUAAAGGUGUUGGUUUUGUUUUCAAAUCCCCGUCUCUCGAUAAGCCAUUCUCUGCCUUCUCUCUGUCCAAAACUAAACCUA